AUGCGGAGGCAGGAGAGCCGGAGCGCGGUGCUCGCCCGGGCCCAGGCCCACCUGGCGGGCAGGCGCGGCGCCGCGAGGGGGGCGCAGGUGACGUCACGCCCGGCCUUUGAAAAGCUGCAGGAUUGGGGCCCCGGGCGCAGGCUGCCCACGGCUGGGACCACUACCAGCAGCAGCAGCAGCAGCAGCCACGGCCUGCCCGUCCUCCGCAUGGCCAGCGACCUCAGCGACCUUUCCGAUGCUGCCAGCAGCAGCAGCAGCCGCCCGGGAGGGCAGAAGCCGGCGGAGGGCCUGAGCCUGGGGGAGACCACGCCUCCCCCGCGACCCCACAGCCGCUUCCUCAAGCAGAAGACCCAGAAGGCCCCUGCGGAUGUCAGGCCAGCGGGGCUCGAUCCUGCCGCGAGAGUGGGUCGCAGUGCUGCCCCCGCCGCAAGGCCGAGCGCCCUCCUCAAGAAGCUGGCGCAGAUCGAGGACAAGAUCCGGAGCCGGGAGCCCGGGCGCGACGUCACCCGGACGGUCUCCGUGCUGGAUGAAGAGACCUCCGUGAGUGAGUCCGUCCGCGACUCGCAGCCGAGGGCCGAAGGGCUCAAGUACCUGAAGAGGAAGGCCAGGCCACGGGAGGUCGGCCCCAGGGACGCUGACGGCGAGGAGAGACACGGGCGAGGGGCGGCCACGGAAUCCAGGGCGCAGCAGGGCCUCCCCGGAGCCACGCUUGGUGGAAAGGUACCUUCUCCUGCCAGGCUACGACCUUCUCUGCCUGCCCAGAGUUCCCUCAAGAUGCCCCCGCACCGCUCUCCCUCCCCUGCAAGCAGCAGCGCCCUGCCACCGAGAGUUCCCUCGCCCCCAACCGCUUCCCGGAGCCUGAGCUCCAUCGGCCCAAGGGGGCGGUCCCCGCCUGAGCACAGCCUCGUCCGGUCACUGGACGAGCUCUUCUCCGAAGCGGCUGGCACGCCCAGGGAGGCCUCCGGCAGUAGCAGUAGCAGCGACUUCAGAGUGAACAUCUUCAGCCUGGAGGACUUGGCCCCCAGCCCGGCCAGCCCGAAGGAAGGGCGGGAAGCGAAGGCAACGACGGCAAAAGCGGCUGGAAAGCCCACCAAGGGCCUGGGAGCAGCCCCGGCUCCUGCUGGCGUCGCCCGAAGCCCCUUUGCAGCCCCAAAGUUCUCUGUGGGGGAAGCCGCGACCCAGGAGGAGGAGGAGGAGGAGGAGGAUCCAGGAGAGACGGAAAUCUCCGAGCGACUGAGCUGCAGUUCGGCUGGGCCAUUCGCUGGCGAGGAGGAGGAGGCGCCCCAGCAGUGCCGAGUAUUCGGAGGGCCCUGCAGUGCCGAGUAUUCGGAAGGCCCCAGCAGUGCCGAGUAUUCGGAGGGCCCCAGCAGUGCCGAGUAUUCGGAGGACUUUGAGCCCACCGCCUCUUCCGCAGCAUCUGAGGGGACGAGGCCGCCCUCCUCCUCCGAGGAGUCCGGGGGCCCCUGGGAUGCCUCCGAGCAAUCCAGCCCCACGGAGGCCUCCUCCCUCGGACGCCCUAUGCAGGGCCUCGGAAGCACCGCCCCGUCCCUACGCAGGAUCGCCGUGACAGACGCCGCCGUCCAGACAAACGGCUCUUCGCUCGCUUAUCACUGGUUGCAAACGGGCGUCCCAGUCACUCUUGGCCAGGCGGAGGGAGGAAGCGCCGUCGAAGGGGCCCCCGUCGCCAGCCACGUGCUGAGCCUGGAUGUUGUGGAAGCUCUGACGACGUACAGCCCUGCUGUCUUCGCUUUGAACGACCUCCUGAAGCAAAACGUGCUGCUCAUCCGGCAGUUUGUGGAGGCCAGCCGCCGUCUCCACGCCUCCUUCGUGGCGUCCCUGGAGGAGGAGGACUUCCACUACCACAGCCUGGAGGAAGCCAAGAGGUACAUUGACCGCCACAAGCCCCGGCCGCUGACCUUGGAGCAAGCGUUGCAGCGCGUGGAAGAGCAGCGGCGGUGGGAAUAAACGGCUCUUCAGGGCCGCGUGGAAGGGAAGAGGCCGCCCUCGGUUCCCGCAAGGGAAGCUUGCCCUCUGAGCACGGAAGGAGGCCAGUUCGCCGGGGCCGGAGGGCUCUGAUGGCCAAGGGAGCAGGGGCCCACGGGCCCAGAGGAGCCACAUCCUGAGCUCGGCAGAAGGGAGACCUGGGCGGAGGCGGGGCCCUGGCAGCCGCCUCCUGCAGCCACAGAGCCCUCCACGCGAAGGGCAAGCGGAGACCGCUGCCCCCCUCCCUCGCCCCCCUUCAAUAAAGCUCAGC